AACUUUCGAGUUACGGAUCCGCUCCGAGUUUUAUCGCUCCACUUACGUAAUUGUAGGGCAUAGUUCACUUCCGCAUUCCUGAGCAACGUAUAAACAGAAAACAUGGAAGACUUCAAUGUGUAUCAAGUACCGGCUUUAAAACACUACUUAAGUAAAAAAGGUAUUACAACAUCGAUUUACAGAAAAUUUCACUUGAUAAGACUUUGUGAAUUGGCUAGGGAAAUCAACUUAGAGGAUCAAGACACAGAUGAUGAUUACAUAAACAUGGACAUUCGUCGUAGAACUGUCGGAGACCGGACUUUACCAAGCGUUAGCGAGGUAAAAUCAUCUGACUGGAGUGGAGAUUUAAAGCUGAUGCCUGAUAUAUACACUGCAGAUGUUUUUGUAUAUCUCAUCAAUAUUGGUUGGGAUCAAAAUCGGCUCCAUUCCUAUAGAACAGAUAAGGGUUAUCUGUUAUAUCAGAACAGCCAUAUCGACAGUGUUCGAGUGUUUCCUAUUGACUCGGAUUACACUUAUAUUCGUUGCAGCACCACCCCAGAAACCCGUCAAUCAGAAGACCCCUAUAUGACAUGGCUCCUAGUGAAAUCCGAUGGCCGUAUCCUAUCUGGUGGCUGCUCCUGUGUUGCUGAUGAUGGUUCCUGCAAGCACUGCACAGCCCUUGCAUUUGCACUUGCAGCUUUUAGCGAUCGCCAUAAAGACAGGCAUACAGAGGUUGGGACCGAUGUGCAGUGUGAGUGGGAUAAGCCCCGGAGGGAGAGCAAGCCUUGUCGUGUGAAGGAAAUUUGCACCUCACACAGGACAGUACCAGAGAUGCCCAGCAAGGCGGACUAUCAACCGUGCCCUACACUUACCACUGAGAGUAACAGAGAAGUUGAGAAAGAGCUGUUUAGGAUGUGUCGAGGUACAGGUGCUCUUCUCUUACAGACUCUGGACCCUCCUUCAGAUGAGGACGAAGAUCUCCAAGAAAACCCUCCUGACAUGAUAGAUGCUGUAACUCAUACAAGUCAGAGUGGCGAGCCAUUGAUUGACUAUCUGAAAAAUGUGUUCAAUUCUGAUGUUUUCCAGGACGUUGAGCAGAUGACCUGUGGUCAGACUGAAAAUGAACUGUGGUUUAAGUACAGAUAUGGUAGGAUUACAUCUUCAUUGUUUUCAAAAGUAUGUCACUUUAGAGGGAAGAGUCAUGAUAAUUAUAUCACUCGUGAAAUACUUAAUGAUAAAUCUAAUGCUUUAAACACCAAUGCAAUAAUGUAUGGAAGGCAGAAUGAAAUUAUAGCUAAACAAUUGUUUUUUGACAUGUAUUCUCAUGACCAUGUGAAUGCCAAAAUGAAACCUUGUGGUUUAAAUAUAUCUGUAGAUCAUCCAUUUUUAGGUGCAUCACCAGAUGCAUAUUUGUAUUGCAAAUGUUGUGGGAAAGGUUUGGUGGAGGUAAAAUGUUCAUAUUCACACAGAAAUGAGACACCAUAUGAUGUUGCUAGUGACCCUAAUUAUCAUUUAUACAGAGACACUAAUGAUGUUGUCAAGCUCAGGGUAGAUUCUCCAUGGUAUGUUCAAAUUCAAGGACAGCUUGGGGUAUGUAAAGCUAGAUGGUGUGACUUUGUGUUUUACACAGACAUGGGAUUUAUAAGUGAUAGGAUUUAUUAUGAUGAAUGUUUUUUUAAUGAUAUUGUGAACAAGUGCAGCAGCUUUUUUGAUAAACAUGUUCACCCUGCACUGCUUGCUAAAAUCUAGAACAAGUUUUGUAGUCUGUUAUGUAUUAUACCAGUCUUAAGAUUUUGAUUUGAGGCAACACAGCAUAUGAUUUUUUUCUUCAUUGUUUUGUGAUGUUUCUGACAUGUCCUAUGCUAUCUUAUGACAUCAGAUAGCAAUAUUAAACCACACUCUGAUAACA